GAAUAUCCCGAUCCCGUGUCAGAGAUAGAGCAUUAUUCGCUGCUCUAACCACUCUCAUCUCACUUCAAAACUGUGAGUCUUGUGUCUGUGACCACUCCCCUUUCUUCUCUUCCUCGUUUUAUUCUUUUCAAUCCACGACAACUUCUUUUUUUCUCAUUCUCUGUUUCUUGUUGUUUUCCCCUUAUCUAUUCCUUCACGCCAAAGUGUACUGCAUUCAUUUAUUCUCUCUAAAAGUAAAAUCAUCUUCAUUACCAACCACGUUCUCCUCUCUGGUUUUUCUUCUUCCUCGCCAAACAGAGCAUAUCAUCUUGUUGAUUAUUGGAUUCGGAGUUGAAAAGAGAAUUGAUCAAUGAUGAAUGAGUUCGGGUUGAGAUGGUGGAGGGGUGUGAAAAUGAGACCAUCAUGGAUGGUGCUGUUUGUUUUUGCAUCGGUUUUGGCUUCUGUUUCUGCAGAAAGGUUGAUCAUGAAAAUGGAAGUGCCGAGUUUUAAUGGUACUGCUCAUGAGCCUGGACGCAGUUUCCUCACCCAAGCUUUGAAUUUCUUAUGGCAAUCGGAGGAUUCUGGUUAUCAUCACGUUUGGCCGGACAUGGAAUUUGGGUGGCGAAUUGUGGUGGGUAGUUUUAUUGGUUUUUGUGGAGCAGCGUUUGGAAGUGUUGGUGGUGUUGGUGGAGGUGGUAUAUUUGUUCCUAUGCUUAGUCUGGUCAUUGGCUUUGAUCCAAAAUCAUCAACAGCCAUCUCAAAAUGUAUGAUCAUGGGUGCUGCUGUCUCAACUGUGUAUUACAACCUUAAGCUAAGGCAUCCCACAUUGAACAUGCCCAUCAUUGACUAUGAUUUGGCACUUCUCAUUCAACCAAUGCUCAUGCUUGGUAUCAGCAUUGGAGUGUCCUUCAACGUUGUGUUUCCUGAUUGGUUGGUGACUAUUUUGCUUAUUGUCAUAUUUAUAGGCACAUCCACAAAAGCAUUCUUGAAAGGGGUUGAGACAUGGAAAAAGGAAACCAUUAUGAAAAAGGAGGCUGCAAGGCGUAAAGAGUCAGCUGGUUCUGGGGCUGAAGUGGAGUAUAAAGCUCUUCCCAGUGGACCAAACAAUGGUGAUGUAGAAACCAAGGAACAGGAGGUGUCUAUUCUUGAAAAUGUAUACUGGAAGGAGUUUGGACUUCUUGCAUUUGUUUGGGUUUCAUUCCUUGCACUACAAAUUACAAAGCAAAAUGUUGCUACAUGUUCACCAGCAUAUUGGGUACUGAACUUCUUACAGAUUCCAAUCUCAGUUGGGGUAACUGCGUAUGAGGCGUCUGCCCUCUUCAGUGGGCGCAAAGUAAUUUCUUCCACUGGAGAUCAGGGGAAAGAUUUUACUGCAUUCCAGCUAAUUAUCUAUUCUGUGUUUGGCAUUCUGGCUGGAGUGGUUGGUGGAUUGUUGGGACUAGGAGGAGGGUUUGUAAUGGGUCCACUUUUUCUGGAGCUGGGAGUCCCACCUCAGGUUUCAAGCGCCACAGCCACAUUUGCCAUGACCUUCUCCUCAUCUAUGUCUGUUAUAGAAUACUACCUGUUGAAACGUUUUCCAAUUCCUUAUGCUGGUUACCUCACACUGGUGGCUACAAUUGCAGCCGUGGUUGGACAGCAUAUUGUGAGAAGGCUUAUCAUCCUAUUCGGGAGAGCAUCUCUCAUCAUCUUUAUUCUAGCCGGCACAAUAUUUAUCAGUGCAAUCUCCCUAGGUGGAGUUGGCAUUAUAAACAUGAUCCACAAGAUUCAUAAUCAUGAAUACAUGGGUUUUGAGAAUCUGUGCAAGUACGGAUGAUAGAACUGUAUUUUGGAAGUUUGUUGAUAUUAUUGAAGUUCCGUACCAAAGCCAAGAAGAACCCAGGUCGCCAAAGUUGACCUCUGCUUAGUGAUAAGGCUUCUAUCCUGUUGGGUGGGUGUAAUUUUUUUGUGGUUGCCAAGUCAUUGAGUGAUUCCGUAGGAAUCUGAGACACUGAAUUAGAUUCCUUAUUUAUUGUGUAAAAGCUUUUGAUUCAUCUUGAUUUUUUUAAUGAAAAUCACGUGGUAUUAAAUCA